CGAAUACACAAUACCCGGUCUUAUUGCCCUUUUAGUCUGAGAACAGCUUUAGGCUACUAAAUGGCGGGUGAGGUUUUGAUAGAUACUAAUGGGAAAUGUACAAGGCACCUUACCUUAUCCCUGUUAGCUGUAGCGUUGCUCUCCUCAUUCGGGAGCUCCCUCCUCUAUGGUUAUAAUCUGGCAGUUGUUAAUUCUCCUGCAGAGUACAUUAAGGACUUUUAUAACCAAACCAUUGUGAGGCGGUAUGGGUCAGGAGUGGAUGAAGAACAUCUCAUGCUUCUAUAUUCAAUCACUGUGUCUAUAUUUGCCAUUGGAGGCUUGGUGGGCUCUCUCACAGUAGGAAUGCAGGUUACGAGAUUUGGAAGGAAAGGGACACUAGUGCACAGCACAGUUCUGGUGUUUGUAGGCGGGGCACUGAUGGGCUUUAGUCGGUUGUGUGAAUCCCCAGAAAUGAUCAUCAUUGGUCGCUUCAUUACAGGGAUACAUUCAGGGAUAUCUCUUAGCGUGGUGCCAAUGUACCUUGGAGAAAUUGCUCCAAAGAAUCUUCGGGGAUUUCUGGGAUUUGUGCCCAGCAUCUUCAUCUGUUUGGGAGUGUUUAUUGCUCAGAUUCUGGGGCUCCAUGAGAUCUUGGGCAAGGAAGACCACUGGCCUCUGUUCCUCUCUCUUGUCGUCGUGCCUACAUUCAUACAGCUCAUGUUGUUGCCAUGGUUCCCUGAGAGUCCGAGAUACCUGAUGAUAGAAAAGCGGAACAUUCAUGCCACUAUCACAGGCGGAAGCCGAAUUGGAAUCCAUGUGUUACGGAACCCCACAGACGAGAGCAGACAAUGA